AUGUUUGUUCUGCAAAGGAAGGUCAAGCUUUUGAAACCAAUUUUGAAGGUCUGGAAUAUUAAUGUCUUCGGCAACAUUCAUACAAAUGUGGAUAAUGCAAGAGCGGUUCUUGAGAAAAUCCAAUUGGCCAUAUCUCUUGAAGGGCUUACUGAAGCGCGCCGUGUUGAGGAACUUUUAGCUCAUGAUGGUUUGACAAAUGUUUUAUCGAUUCAAGAAAAUUUCUGGGCUGAUAAGGUUAGAGUGAGAUGGGUUAAGGAAGGCGAUAGAAACACAAGCUACUUUCAUACUUUGGCAAAAAUUCGUAGAGCACGUUCAUUUAUCACAUCUCUUUGCAUUGGGAAUGACUUGGUGGAUGAUGUUAACAUUUUGCGGAGCCAUGUAGUUGAACAUUUCACAACUGCUUUUAUGGAUGACGGGAAUAUUCGUGAAACAGGUUUGGUUGAGAACGUUAUCCCUUCAGUGGUUUCAUAUUCAGAAAAUGACUCUUUACUUGCCAUUCCUACUGCUGAUGAAGUUAAGAAUGUAGUUUUUUCCAUGAAUGCGGAUAGUGCCCCUGGUAAGGAUGGUUACACUGGUCAUUUUUUUCAAGCAUGUUGGGAUGUUGUUGGUCUGUAUGUGAUUGGUGCCAUUAAAUCUUUCUUUCAGACAGGUUAUAUUUUGCCUAAUCUAAAUUCCAACUUUGUGGCGCUCAUUCCGAAGGUCCAGGAGGCAGAUGUUAUCACUCAAUUUCAACCUAUUGCCAUGGCUAAUUUUUCUUUUAAGAUUAUUACUCAUAUCCUAGCAGAUCGUUUGGCUCCUAUUGCCUCAAGGAUUAUAUUGCCUAAUCAAUUUGCUUUUCUAAAAGGUAGGCAAAUCUCUGAUUGCACCUUUUUGACUUUAGAAUGUGUGAACCUGUUGGAUACUAAAUGUCGUGGAGGGAACGUUGCUAUCAAGUUUGAUGUCGCUAAGGCCUUUGACACUCUGAAUUGGGGCUUCCUUUGA